UCUUUGCCUCUCGCUAAAACCCUAAACCCUAACACUGAACUUCCCCUUUACAGUUAUAAAGUAGCGUUGGCCGCACAGCCGCCGCCUUGCUCAAUCUCUCCUCGCCGUGAACUACCUCUUCUCUGUCCGCCGCCUAUAAAACUACAAAUAUUGGAAUUAUGAGCAUGGAGACGGUUGGGUCUGAGCAGUCAAGAGAUAAAAUGAAGAAAGACAAGAAAAAAAGGAAGGCCGAAACAGAGGGACCUGAUACCCCAUCAACCUCUCACAUUUCUAGCAAUCCUAUGGAGAAGAAGAAGCAAAAAAGAGCUGUAGACAAAGAGAGGCGCAGAGUGGAGUCCGAGAAAAAAACUGAAGCCAAGCAAGUAGUGGUGUCUUCUGAAUUGAAAAGUAAUAAGAGCGCGGCGAUUUCUCCCACUACUAGUGGAUUGCCUGAGUUCCACAUUGCUGUAUUUAAGGACCUUGCAGCUGCCGAGGCUUCCAUUAGAGAAGCAGCUGCUAAUUCUUUAGUUGCUGAGUUGCUUGAAGUUCAGAAGGCUUACGAUAUUCUAGAGAACAAGGAAGUGGUUGAGGGACAGCUCAAAUUGGAAGCUGAAAAGGAUGAUGGGUUGAACAACUGUGCCCCUUCGUUGAGAUAUGCAGUUCGGAGGCUAAUUCGGGGCGUUUCUUCAUCAAGAGAGUGUGCAAGGCAAGGGUUUGCAUUAGGCAUGACAGUUUUGGUUGGUGCUGUUCCAUGCAUAAAAGUGGAUGCCCUGUUGAAGCUUAUUGUUGAAUUAUUGGAAAUCUCUUCUUCCAUGAAGGGUCAGGACAUGAAAGAUUGCCUAUUGGGACGCUUAUUUGCUUACGGAGCUAUUGCAAGAUCAGGGAGAUUAACUUUAGAGUGGACUGCUGAUAAGAACACUCCUUAUAUUAAAGAAUUUGUUGGUUCUCUUGUCUGGCUGGCAAAAAAGAAGCUCUACUUACAAGAGCCUGCUGUCUCAAUUAUUUUGGAAUUGGUUGACAAGUUACCUGUCGAAGUUUCAUUGAACCAUGUACUUGAAGCUCCUGGUCUUAAAGAGUGGUUUGAAAGUGCAAUGGAAGUUGGAAAUCCUGAUGCUUUGCUUCUUGCCCUUGCCAUACGUGAAAAAACUGGUGUUGAUAACAAAGAUUUUGGCAAGCUUCUGCCUUUUCCUUAUAGCCCCAGCCGGCUUUUCAGUGUGGAACAUUUGUCCUUGCUUUCCAAUUGCUUGAAGGAAUCCCACUUCUGCUUGCCACGAACUCAUAGUGUAUGGUAUUCCUUGGUAAAUAUUCUUUUACCUGAAAACGUUCAACAAGAUUUUGAUCCCUCAUCAGCUUUAAAUUCCACAAGGAAGCACAAAAAAGGCCGCAAGGGUAGCUCAGCAGAAGAAGAUAUUGAGAAAAAUCUUAAAAACUUUUGUGAAGUUAUCAUUGAAGGAUCACUUCUUCCAUCAUCUCAUAAUUGCAAGAAUUUGGCGUUCAAUGUUUUGCUGCUUCUCCUUCCAAAACUGCCCACAUCGUGCAUCUACAACGUCCUGUCUAACAAAGUUGUACAGUGCUUAAAGGAUGUACUUUCCGCGAAAGACACUAAUCUAUUCAAAGCCAGUCAAUACUUUUUAAGAGAAUUUUCUGAGUGGGUCAAGCAUGAUGAUGUUCGAAGAAUGGCAGUUAUUAUGGCUUUACAGAAACAUAGUAAUGGGAAGUUUGAUUGUUUCACCAGGUCAAAAACAGUUAGAGAGUUGAUGGCUGAGUUCAAAACUGAGUCUGGAUGCAUGCUUCUCAUUCAGAACUUAGUUGACAUGUUCCUGGAUGAAGCUCGUGCUUCAGAGGAGACUUCAGAUCAGAGUCAAACUACAGAUGACAACUCAGAAAUUGGUUCCUUAGAAGAUAAGGAUUCUAUUGGAGCAGUAGGAACGUCAGAUUUUUUGAAAGGAUGGGUUGUAGAGUCACUUCUCAAUAGCUUGAAGCAUUUAUCUCUGGAUACAAAUGCAAAGUUCAGGGUCCAAAGAGAAAUUCUAAAAUUUUUGGCAGUGCAGGGUCUAUUUUCUUCGACGCUUGGAACUGAAGUGACAUCUUUUGAAUUGGAAGAAAAAUUUAGGUGGCCAAAGUCUGCCAUUUCAAGUGCUCUUUGUAGGAUGUGCAUUGAGCAGCUGCAAUUACUGCUAUCAAAUGCUCAAAAAGGCGAAGGACCUCAAGUUGUGCCUAGUGGUCUUGAAGCUAAUGAUCUUGGAGCUUAUUUCAUGAGAUUUCUUACCACAUUGCGAAACAUUCCUUCUGUUUCGCUGUUUAGGUCCUUGGGCGACGAUGAUGAAAAAGCUAUCAAGAAAUUGCAGGCUAUGGAGUCUCAGCUCUCAAGACAGGAGAGAAACUUGGGUCCAGGUAUUGCCAAAAAUAAGUUACGUUCCAUGAGGUACCUUCUGAUACAAUUGUUGCUUCAAGUCCUACUUCGCCCUCAAGAAUUUUCUGAAGCCGCGUCUGAAUUGGUUAUUUGCUGUACCAAAGCUUUUCGAUCUUCUGAUCUUCUUGCUUCCUCUGGAGAUGAUGAAGCAGAGGGAGAUGACAGUCCUGAAUUCAUGGAUGUUCUAGUGGACACUAUGCUUUCGUUGCUGCCACAGUCAUCAGCACCGAUGCGGACCGCCAUUGAGCAGGUUUUCAAAUGUUUUUGUGAAGAUGUCACGGAUGGUGGGUUACAUCGAAUGUUGCGGGUUAUAAAGAAAGAUCUCAAACCAGCCAGACACCAAGAAACUGACAGUGAGAAUGAAGAUGACGAUGAUGACGACGUUCUUGACAUUGAAGAAGCUGAGGAAUCUGAUGAAGCAGAGAUGGAUGAAACUGCGGAGAGGUAUGAACAUGCGGAUGACUCAGAGACAGUAGUUGGUGUUGAGGGUGUUAGCUCAGAACUUCCUGUAGCUUCUGAUGAUGAUUCUGAUGAGGGAUUAGAUGAUGAUGCAAUGUUCCGCCUGGACACCCAUCUUGCUAAAAUGUUCAAUGCUAAGAAGAACCAGGCUGGUAGUGAAACUGCUCAUUCACAGCUUGCCCUCUUCAAACUUCGUGUCCUCUCGUUGCUGGAGAUUUACCUACACGAAAAUCCAGAGAAGCCAAAAGUAGUGAAAAUAUUCUCAAGCCUAGCUCAUGCAUUUGUAAACCCUCAUACUACGGAAGGUAACGAACAACUUGGCCAGCGAAUUUGGGGAAUUUUACAGAAGAAAAUCUUCAAGGCAAAGGACCAUCCAAAAGGUGAAGUCAUUGAGUUCCCAGUUCUUAAGUCUCUCUUGGAAAGGAACUUGGUGCUGGCAGCAAAGCCUUUCAAGAAAAAGAAAUCUGCUUCUAGUUUGUCAAAGAAAAAGCUGUCUGCUGCCUUGAAUAGAUACAAAAUGAUCAAUUCUCUUGCCCAGAGUUCAACAUUUUGGAUUUUGAAGAUGAUUGAUCUGAAAAAACGUCCAGAAUCUGAACUUGAGGAGGUUUCUUGUAUAUUCAGAGAAAAACUGGAGGGCUACUUAGAUAGUAAAAGUACUCGAAUGAAGUGCGAGUUUCUAAAAGAAGUCUUUAAAAGGCGACCACGGAUUGGAUAUCCUCUAUUUGGGUUCCUUUUGGAGAAAUGUGCUAGUGCGAAGCUACAGUUUCGACAAAUUGAAGCUCUUGAACUGCUCUUUGAGAUGUUAAAAUCGUUUGUUUCUUCAAACCCUGAUGACAACAGCCAUUUUACCAAGUUAGGCAGCCAUCUUGCCAAGUUAGGCUGUCUUGUUAAUGUGUUGUUGAAAAAUAUGCCCGAUAAGGCAUCACGACGAGCUGAUGUUCGUAAGUUUUUUGGCAAAGUGAUUCAGGUCUUAACAGAUCUUGAACAGAGGGCCUUGUUUCUUGAGGCUCUGGAACCUGAUUGUGAAGCUCAACUGAGGGACAUGUUUCCUGCUUUGAAUCAGUGAAUGGUAGAGCAAGGGUAUAUGACAGUAUUUAUUGCGCAUGUUGGAGUGACCAGUUCGGCAUUGUUUACUGGCGUUUAAUCAGACCAUAAGUUAUUUGUACUGUUGGAAUUUACUGUUUUCGCCAAUAUUUUUCUUGGGUUGUUGAAAAACUUGUAGCAGCAGCAGUUUUGGUUAUAUGUAAUACUUCAUAGUAACUGUACUAUUCCAAAAUUUUGGCAUACGGAGCGCGAAUUUACAUCUUA